AUGACUCACUUAUUCAAAACUUGGAAGGAUGGAGAAGAAGAGAAGAAGAGAAGAGGAGUCGGAGAGAAGAAGUUGCACUUUGUGCGGCGAGCGCAAGGCGUAGCCGGAAAAACUUCGGUCCAUGGCUCCGAUAUUCGCGAGUCGCGCGCCGCAGACAUCGAAUAUCACAUUGUCCGGAACAGCAUCUACAAAGCACUGCGAAACCAGCAGAAUAAAUUUUACCUUCUUGUCAAAGCCUCCUACGAUCAAAACGGGUUCUAUGCAAGAGAAGUCCAAUUGUGCGGGUAUCUCACAUCCCAGCGUCCGGGGCGGCAGGUCAACUUCUUGCAGCUUGUUGACCCUGACCUCAAGCUUGCCAUCCAGGUUGUAGCCACCACACCAGGCUCUGAGACCAACGAUGCCACAACCGGUUCUCUAUCGAACGAACCGAAAGUAUCUACAUCUGGUCAAAAGAUGGGACUUCUGGAUGACAUCAAAAAUAUCAAGUCACAUACUCCCGUGAUCAUCACUGGCAAGGCGAUCAAGCGAUAUGCCCCUCCUAAAGCCAACGCGGACAAGAGCGAGUCGGAUUCCUCGACGAACAAUAGGCGCGAUCAUGAAGUGCCAUCCGUCCAAAAGGCGCUAAAAGGAAAAGCUCCUCCAAACACUAUACCUGUUUUCGACCCGUUCGUAGGAACUGUCGAGCUCAUCUCUCAUCUUGAGGUCCAGGCCACCUCUGUCAGGCAACUCAAUGAAGUUCCGCGGGACCUCAUUGCCACGGCAGAUACUGCAUUCCCCCCGGAACAACGGUAUCUACAAUUCAGAACCGAUCGAGAGCUCCGGCAACGUCUUCAAUACCGCGCACGUGUUGCCUCGUUCUGCCGCUCACAUCUUGCCGCACUCCAGUUCCAGGAAGUUGAAACUCCUCUUCUAUUCAAAUCCACCCCAGAAGGGGCAAGAGAAUUUAUAAUUCCUACACGGCAAAAAGGUUUGGCAUAUGCGCUGCCGCAAAGUCCUCAACAGUACAAACAGGUCCUUAUGGCGUCGGGAGUGUCGCGCUAUUUUCAAUUUGCCAAAUGUUUUCGUGACGAGGACCUGAGGGCUGACAGGCAGCCUGAAUUCACGCAGCUUGAUCUCGAGAUGUCAUUUACCACUUCGGUAGGAGUGAUGGAUAGGGUUACCAAAUUGCUGAAGGCUAUCUUCAAAGUCUUUUCGCUGCCUUUACAAAUAAUGCCGCAUCCAAUCAAGUAUAAAACAGCAAUGGCUUCCUACGGUUCUGAUAAGCCUGAUGUUCGGUUCAACUCAAUAAUCUACCGAGCCAAUGGUUGGUUCUCUUCUUCCGUCAUUAGGAGAUUAUCCUCGCUUGAGGAUCCCUAUGUUGAUGCAAUGAAGGUAGAAAUGGAAGGCACCAGUCCAGAUGAAGCCGGUGCCUUCGUUCGAUCAUUUCUAGACAGCCCGACCUCCUCCGCUUUCAUAAGCAACCCGGCCGGUAUGCCAGGGGUCGCAGUUUACGAUCCUAGCAAACCGUUGCGAGGUCUCGCAAGCUUUGAGCAUGAAGGAGCUGCGCAGAUUGAAGAUGUACUAAAGCCUAAACCAGGUGAUAUUAUCAUUGUUCAGACGAGGCCUCAGGGCAGACUCAGAGGGGGGUCAACUCCACUUGGCAAUAUCCGUCGUGAUAUUCAUGCAGCUGCUGUUAAGCAGGGCCUCGUCAAAGCACCGGAUGGCUUCGCACUUCUUUGGGUUGUGGACUUUCCCCUCUUCUCACCCCUGGAGGGAAGCGACCCAGGUCAAGGAGGUAAGGCAGAAUUCUGUUCCACUCACCAUCCAUUUACCGCCCCGAAACCUAGACAGGAUCUGCCAAGGCUCAUAACGGACCCCCUGAGCAUCAUUGGAGACCACUACGAUCUAGUCAUAAAUGGUGUGGAGGUUGGUGGUGGUUCUCGCCGUAUCCAUACUGCUGAUAUGCAAGAACUUGUCUUGCGAGAUGUACUGAAGAUGAAGCCAGAGCGAAUUGAGGAUUUCAGACACUUGCUCAACGCCCUAGGCAGUGGCUGUCCACCCCAUGCGGGCUUUGCUCUUGGCUUCGAUCGCCUGAUCGCCUUGAUGACUGGGACCCAAAGUGUCAGAGAUGUCAUUGCAUUCCCCAAGACGGCGGACGGACAAGACAAAUUUGCUGGAACCCCUUCGCCAUUGACGGCUGAUCAAUUGGCAACAUAUCACCUUAAGCCAGCUUGA